AUGCAAUCGGAUGAGCCUCAUAGUGCUCAGUGUGUCAGUCCAUUAUUCAGCCAUCACGAUUGGGCAUUCUGCAGUUUUGCGCCACAUCAAGGUCAGCAUACAAAACCAACUUUUUUUCAGCUGUUUAUUAACUGGAAUUCACUGAAUUUUAUUUACUUUGGACAUAUCAUCAACAAUAAGCCUAAAGUCCUUUCAAAAACCAAUAUGUCGACAGAAGUUACAGAAGAUGAACGGUUGAUCUCUGAGGCGGCCUCAUAUUAUCGAUGUAGAGAUUUCAAACAGUGUUCUCUAAUUAUGGAGAAACUUAAAAUUGGAAGGUUAAAUGAUACAAAGAUAAACAUGAAUAAUUCCCUGUUGAAUUAUGUGCAUAAGUCAAGCUAUUCAGCAAGUGAACAGUAUAUUCGCGAAUUGAAACAGAUAGCAACUGUUGAAGGAGUGAAUCUUGAUGAUUACGAUGAUAAAACCUGUGCCCUGGGAAGACGUAGUUCCGAUCGUUUGGAUGAAGUUUGCAACUCAAAGGAUGUUCUGUCUAAUAAUAAUAAUAUAGCACCACAAUUUGUAUCAAGAUCUUCAAUUGCAAUUAACUUGUUGUAUAACUAUGCUGUUGUAUUGUUUUAUCAACGACAUUACACUCAAGUCGAAAGGCUUCUAGCCACUUGUCUUGAUAUUUCAACAAAUUCGGAAUCAGCAGAUAAUAAUAAUAAUAAAGUGACCGUUCCAAAGGGGGUUCCGUUAACUAGUCAGUCGCCAAGUUGUAUUGAUCAGCCGACAGCUAGUUUAAUACAAACAAUGGAUCUCACACCUUCAACUGAUAUUGAUCUAUGUCGACGGAUUAUUCUUCUCUGGUUAGAAGUUUCUUUAAGACUAUUUCAAGCUGAACGUGUUUUUGAACUGUGUGACUAUUGGAUUCUUUGCCUUAAUUCAUUGUCAGUAGCAUGCGGAUCGGCCAACACACCAGUAAAUACGUAUUCGUCUCUUGAACAAGCAAAUCCUAAUUCACAUCAUCUCAAUAACAAUAAUAAUAAUGAUAAUAACAAUAAUACUAUUUUGUCUGUACUAGCUGGAAUUAAAAAGCCAAUUCAAUUGUAUUACAUUAAAGCUUGCCUGUUGACAGGUCGUUUAAAUGAUGCAGAGAAUGAGUUGAAUUCUUUCAUGUCAGAAGAUGAUUCUCUCCUGAAAAGUGAAGAAAAUUCAUCGAAAAAUGAUUGCACACCGUUGCCUAGUGAUGAUAAUGCCGGGGAUAGGAAAUCGGAAAAAUCUUCACAGUCAAAUUCUCAAGAUAAUAAUAAUAGUAAUAAUAAUCAUUGUUCAACUGUUCAAUGGUCUACAGGGAAUGCUGUGUAUUUUCUUCAAGCUCAGUUAGCUUAUCUUAAGGGCUGUUAUAGUGAUGCUGUGAAAUUGCUUUCGUCUAUUCCACCUCCUUCAUACAAUUCUCCUGUAAUGAAUGAUUGGGAAUCUAUCAUUUUAAAGAAUAACCUCGCCUUACUUUAUCAUCGUACUGGACGAUUUACUUCAAGUGUGAUACACCUUCGAAAUGCUUUGAAACAAGUUGAUAAAACACUUGACACUGCUACACAAUCAGUGAAUAAUGAUCUUCGUUGUAUGCUGAAUCAUCAGAAUGGUUGUUUUUCUAUUGGUGAAUAUUCAGAACUGUUAAAUCAGAUACCAUUACACGUUUCCAGUGUGAUUGAACACUAUGAAUUAGUUUAUAAUUAUGGGAUCCAGUUGUUAUUUACACAAAGGCCUUUGGAUGCCUUCUCCACUCUAUCACAACUUGUUCGUAUUUAUCCUAGAAAUCCACGAUUAUGGUUUCGUCUUGCUGAAUGUUGUAUAAAAUUACACUGUCCACAUAAUUUAUCACUUUGGAAGGUGGAGUCAAGAAAACGAUGUGUUGUUGAAAGUGUAGGCUGUGGUUCUUUUCGUAAAUUGAUGCUUGCCAGUGUGAAUCCAGAGACUGUUAAUCCGAAAGUGGAUGAAGCACUGUUAUCAUCUCCGAGCUUAGAAUUCGCUUCUUUAGCGUUACGCAAUGCCCUCCUAUUACUACCAACACCACCUGUGAAAUUGAUCACCAAUGUAUCUUCAAAUAAAGACACAAUAACUUCAUCGUAUACAGAUUUAGUUAAAUGGUCGAAUAAACAGUUUGUUCCAACUUAUCCAUCGCCAACACCACUGUGGGGUAUUGGAUUGUUACACUUUUUAUCAGCAUUACAUGUCAACAUCUGCUAUGUGGCGUUGUGUUUAAACCAACCUAUAGAAGUGAUUCAUUCUGCUAGUCAAAUGUUAAAUUUCAUUCCUCAGAAUGAAAACAACCCGAUUGGUUCAGUUAAAUGUGGAACUUAUGGAACUAAUUUUGGUGCUAUUGCCCCUAAAGCGCAUAGUUAUUUGUGUCGUUUGUAUUAUGCUGAAGCUUUAACCUAUUUGGACAGAAUAGACGAAGCUACAUCACUGUUACAUAUAUCCUCAGAUAAUGAAUACGACUCUAUUGCACGUUGUUUAAAUGGUGUGUGUUUUGAAACACCAUUUCUUUUUCCCAGUAUUGAUGAAUCUGUGAAUAACGACACGGAUGUAUGUAAUCAAUUCAGUCAAUCAAUGCUGGUGAAUAGUCAUUCUAAACAGUCAGUUACUAGACCAAUUGAUUUUCCUGCUAAUCCCGUACAGUCUUCUGCAUUACUAGCCUAUAAUCUUGCAGUCCUGCUGGCUAUUCAAAAACAAUAUCGUUUAUCAAAACAAUAUCUGGAUAUGUCACUGUCAGGUCUGCUUAUAUCAGCCAAUCAAUUAGACGGCAGGAAAUGGUAUACAGACUUGGCUGAAGAGUUGUCUGCUCUAAACAAUUAUAAACUACUGCCUACAUCAGUCCUACUGUUGUGUAUUUACUUAGAAAUAGGAUUAGGUCAUAGAAAACAAGCAGCCGAAUUGAUCCGUGAACAUUUUGGUCAUACUGCAUUGGCUGGUCGACUUAAUCCACCGGUAGGAUUAUCUACGCGUAAUAAUAACAGUGAUGGUGAUGAUGCUGAUGCUGGCGCUGCUCAUGAAGGUGGUACUUCUGAUACUGAUCCAUCAUCAAUAAUUGGUAAAAGCAUUCCGACGACAUUAAUCGAAUUACAACAAUUGAUCAAGGGGCAACAACAACACCAUCUCCACCCUCACCGCCAACAACAACAACAACAGCAGCAGCACAAAAAUGUAACUAGCAGUAGUAGCAGUAACACCAUUUCUCAAACUCGUCAACCACCGCCACUGGCACCACCAAUGUCACAGUUCCAGCAAAUGAAUAAUCGAUCAAAUAAUUUAUGGACACCAUGCUCACAAUUCAGACAAUCUCAAGCUCAACAGAAUCAACCAGUCUACUACUCGCCAUUGUUACAAACUCAACCUGCACUACUACCACCACAACAGACACAAUCUACUACACUUGCUAAUUAUGAAUACGCUGCUAGUCGAUGGGAUCACCCGCCACCACCGGCACCACCAUCUACAACAACUGGUUUAAUUACAGCUAAUAAUGAAAAUGAUUGGCCACCUUUAUAA